AUGAAAUUGGGUCAAGUUAUAACGAUUUCGCUUAUACCGACUCUGUAUGUUUUAUUGGUGUUGCUACUGGAGUUCGUAGAGGAUGGCCUUGCACAAAACCCCGAUCCACUUUUUGAAUUACCAGUACAAUUGAUUGGGUUUCCAGUAAUUGUUCUAUCAGUGAGAUUAUCACAAUUUGCUAAGAAAUUGGCCUACUCAUUGAAUCCAAAUACUUAUCGUUCUCGUAGCAAACGUGACGCUGCAAUGCUCGCUUACGAUGCUGAUUUGGCUCAAAAGGAAAUCUUGAAAGAAUUCGGUCCAAAGGCAUGCAUACUGGAAGAACCCUGUCGAGUACAUGCAUCACGUCCUGGUAGAAAUGGUGCUCAUCCUGCGUGGAGUGAAAUAUUAAGAAACUACAAAGUUCAAUCAACCGGUAUGAAACAAUGGUAUUUGCUGUCUCUUUUCAUUGGUGAUGCUGUGCGCGAUGUUCCGUUAUGCAAGCACCUGGCUAAAAGAAUGCCAUGUCCAGGCGUUGGACCAUUGCCACCACCACAACCACGCUAAAACGUUAAGGACUAUAAAGAACUUUGCGUUAUAAAGGAGUUGGAGCAAGACAAAAGCAAUUUUCCUAUUGUAAAAAAGGGCUCAUUUUUUGCCUUGUGUAUUUUAAACGCUUGCUUUCCUUUUUCAUUAACUUGUUAGAUUUUUUCAUUUAUGUCAUUUAUGUUUUAUGUAUUUAUAUUAUUUCAUUUUUCCUGAUUUACGAGAAUUUAGCAAACAAUUGAAGAGAAUGGGGGGAGCGACAAACAAGUGUAAGGAUUGUUCUUGAAACCUUUGUUUAUCUGUGGUUUUUAGUUUAGAAGUGCUUUGUGCUAAAUAAUAUUUAUAAAUAUAUAUAUAUAUUUUACUUUAUUUAUAUCCAUUCAAUUUAUAAAUCUUAUUUUAUGUUAUUAACUUUAAUGAGAACAAUACCUAAAUGUAGCCAUUUUGCAGUAGAGAAUAUAUCUUUACGCCUUUCAGGAACAAAUGUGUACAUACUCUCACAUAUUCACACAAAACUAUUACUUUUAAGAUCAAGGCCCAACCAUAUAGUAUGAAAACAGUAGUUACAAUAUAAAAUGGACAAUUCUUGGACAAUUUAACGGUCUGCAUGACAUGUCUUCAUGCUUUUGACUAGAAAGAACAUAAAACUUUCAAGACCAUUUGUCAUUUGACUGCUUGUAUAACCUGACCUUUAGGUGUCUGUUUAUGGCACAUUUUUGUUGGUGGACAUAUACAGAAUUUGUAUGAUCUAAUGCACUUGGAGUUCUCGUAAAGGCUAUAAGGUCCAAUUUAUAAACAUGUAAACAGAAUUUUUGUAACAUUGUGUUCAUUCUCGUAUAUCAAUCAUUAUCUUUACAUUCACGUUUCAUUAUUCAAUUUCCAUUUAUAACUGCAUAAAGUCAUUUAU